GAGACAGGGGCUUUGCUCAGCUCUGCAGGUGGCUCGGGAUUUCUGCUGGGGAAGCAUCAGGAGAAGCUGAGGGGUUGCAUGAAGAAUUAGAGAUGGCAAAAAGUGAUGAUGGCAUACACAUCUUGCAGGGCCUAUUAGUCUUUGGAAAUGUGAUCAUUGGGAUGUGUGGCAUUGCCCUGACAGCAGAGUGCAUCUUCUUUGUGUCCAAUCCCCAUGGUCUCUACCCUCUCCUGGAAGCCACAGAAAACACAGAUAUCUAUGCUGCAGCCUGGAUUGGCAUCUUCGUUGGCUUUGCGCUCUUGGCUCUGGCUAUCCUUGGUAUCAUUGGAGUCAUUAAGGCCAACAGGACCUUGCUGCUGGUGUACAUUAUUCUGAUGCUGAUCACUUAUGCAUUUGAAAUGGCUUCCUGCAUCACAGCAGCAACUCACCGAGACUUUCUCACUCCAAAUCUCUUCCUGAAGCAAAUGCUGGAGAGGUAUGAGAAGUCAGGGCCAGGCAGUAGCAAUGUGGAUGAAAGGGUUACAGAAACAUGGAAUAAUCUCAUGCUUCAGAACAAGUGCUGUGGGGUGUACGGCCCCUCUGACUGGCAGAACUACACAUCUGCCUUCCGCGCCACCCACAAAGACGCCGACUUCCCUUGGCCACGCAAUUGCUGUGUCAUGGAUUCCCAAGGGGAUCCUCUCAGCGUGGAAGGCUGCAACCUUGGAUUCUCUGGCUACUAUAAGAGCAAUGGUUGUUAUGAUGCUAUUUCUGGGCGGAUGAACGCUCAUGCCUGGGGUGUUGCCUGGUUUGGUUUCGCCAUCCUCUGCUGGACUGUGAGCAUUUAGUAUUUGCCUUCACUGCUUCUUCUCUUGUCUUGCUAUUUCACACCCAGCUGGGUGGGGGUGGAUGAAGGGAGUGACGCAUUUGAAAGGUCUG